UACAACGAAAAAAAAAAGAAAAAAAAAAUGGAAAAUGUUGCAGACCUAAAACAAGAACUGCCUCCGGAGUUCAUCCGGCCGGAGGCGGAGCAGCCGCGCUUCACGACGUUCCAGGGGGCGGCGGCAGAGGUCCCGGUGGUGGAUUUUAGCGGCGCUGGCGACUCGGAAACCCUGGUGAAGGCGGUGGUUGAUGCGAGCAGCAAAUGGGGGCUUUUCCAGAUUGUGAAUCACAGCAUUUCUGCGGAAGUGAUUGAGGAUUUGCAGAGGGUUGGGCGGCAGUUCUUCGAGCUUUCGAACGAUGAGAAGCUGGCUUAUGCAAAGGAUCCGGAGAGCAAGAACAUCGAUGGGUAUGGGAGUAGGCUGAGGAAUGGUUGGGUUGAUCAUUUGUUCAACAAAAUAUGGCCUCCUACAGCUGUUGAUUAUCGUUUCUGGCCAAACAAUCCUUCUGAUUAUAGGAAAGCGACCGAAGAGUACGGAAAAAAUCUGCAUCAAGUGGUGGAGAAGCUGCUCGGGUGCCUGUCAUUAGGGCUAGGGCUAGCGCCGGACGAGUUGAAGAUAGCGGUGGGAGGCGAUGAGCUCGUAUACAACUUGAAGAUCAACUACUACCCACCGUGCCCCCGCCCGGACAUAGUCCUCGGGGUGCCCGCGCACACCGAUCUCUGCGCCCUAACAAUUUUGGUGCCGAAUCAAGUCCAAGGACUCCAAGUCCACCGAGACCAAUAUUGGUACGAUGUUGCAUACAUCCCUAAUGCAUUGAUCAUCCACAUUGGAGACCAAAUUGAGAUAUUGAGCAACGGAAAAUACAAAGCAGUGCUGCACAGAUCAGUAGUAAACAAGGAUGUUACAAGAAUGUCAUGGCCAGUUUUCAUGGAGCCACCUCCACAUCUUGAAAUUGGACCUUUUCCUAAGCUUCUAAAUCAAGAAAAUCAGUCCAAAUAUAAGACCAAGAAGUUUAGUGAUUAUGCCUAUUGCAAGCUCAAUAACAUACCUCAGUGACGUUAAUUAAUUAUUUACCCUCUUAUAUUUCCUUAAAUUAACUAUUAAUAACGAGGGUAAUCAACAAUAAACAUCCAUUGUACUAUAUGUGAAAAUAUUAGGAGAUUAGUUAGAUUUGUACGAACUUUCGGCUAUGUAUUUUGGCAUGGGUUGUAUUAAUUGAUAAAUAUUGCAGUUGUUGUUGGGAGUCUUUUUAUAAAUUGAAUAUCUAUUUUAUGCCCAUUUGUUAGAAUUAAAUAAAAUAUAGUACGAUUUUACUAAUAUUACUA